AUUUUUUUUCAUGUAAAGAUUUUCUAAUUCCUUUAAAUGCCGCUCCAUCUGGUACACAUGACCUCUCUCAGUAUGUAUACAGUCCUGUCUACAGCCCUACAUGUAAGAACAUGUUGCAUCUUCCACCGCUCACGCGUGAGAGCUUGUGAUUGUGUUAUUUUACACGACUAUUAAAAAAAUAAAAAAAUAAAAUGCGAUUGCAGUAUCGUGACGGCAGGGGGCGCUGCUGUUUGUGCCAGGCUGCUGGGUGCUGAGCUCUCCCUUAAAGCGGCAGCGCAGGGCAGCAGACGGGAAGCCUUCUCACGAACUAAUGGCGUCUCUCCAGUGCGGGGCAGCUGAUCUCCCACCGAGCACGGCAGCAGGAACGGCGCAGAGGUAAACACGCCGCCCCCGGAUUCCUCCAGGACAAGACAGCCUCUCCGCUUCACGCGGGAGUUCGUGCUGCAGGCUGGCGGGCUGGACGCUGCGCAGCCGUCAGUAAUCGAGAGCAGACCGCGGUUCCGGUGUACAAACAAACCCUACUGACAAGCAAAACAGACAGGACACAGUCAGCCGCGGCUUCCCUCCGCUCUGCUUAUUUCUCUCCGCGGUUUCCGCCGAUGCUUAUUUUUCGGCGGGGCCUGGUCUGAGGCGCUGUGGGCGACAGUAGCGGGUCAAAUGUUCCCACCCCGCCGUCGGAGGGACACAUAAUGGACAUGGGCAUCACCCCUUCAGAGAUAUCCUCCUCCUCCUCCUCCUCCUCCUCCUCUUCCUCCUCCGCCUGACUGGCUGGCCGCCUCUUCGUUAAUCCAAUUCAGGAGAUCAUCUUCUCAACCCUUCCUGAGGUUACACCACCAAGACGGCGUUAUCUCAGAAAGCCAGCUCGGUGGCGGUGAAGAUGACCACGGCACGGUACCGUCCCACCUGGGAGCUGGCCGUGGACCCCCUGGUCUCAUGUAAGCUGUGCCUUGGAGAGUUCCCGCUGGAGCAGAUGACCACCAUCACACAGUGCCAAUGUGUCUUCUGUACACUGUGCCUGAAGCAGUAUGUGGAACUCCUGAUCAAAGAAGGCCUUGAAACUGCAAUUAGCUGUCCAGACUCUGCCUGUCCCAAAAGAGGACACCUGCAGGAAAAUGAGAUUGAGUGCAUGGUGGCCACGGAGAUGAUGCAGAGAUACAAGAAGCUUCAGUUUGAAAGAGAGGUGCUGCUGGACCCAUGCCGGACGUGGUGCCCUUCCUCGACCUGCCAGGCUGUGUGCCAACUGAAGGAGGCAGAUUCUCCGGCGCUGCCCCAGCUGGUCCAGUGCGCCGUCUGUGCCCUCGAGUUCUGCUCAGCCUGCAAGGCCAACUGGCACCCCGGGCAGGCCUGCCAGGAAAACAACCUGCCCAUUACCUCCUUCCUACCAGGAGAAAACAGCUCUUUCUAUAAGAACGAAGAGGAUGACGCACCGAUCAAGCGCUGUCCAAAAUGUAAAGUUUACAUCGAGAGGGACGAGGGCUGCGCACAGAUGAUGUGCAAGAACUGCAAACACGCCUUCUGCUGGUACUGUCUGGAGUCCCUGGAUGAUGACUUUCUCCUGAUCCACUAUGAUAAAGGACCCUGUCGAAACAAACUGGGCCACUCCAGGGCGUCUGUUAUCUGGCACAGAACACAGGUGGUCGGGAUCUUCGCUGGCUUCGGCCUGCUCCUGCUCGUUGCCUCCCCCUUCCUUCUCCUGGCCACUCCCAUCGUCCUCUGCUGCAAGUGCAAGUGCAGCAAAGGCGACGACGACCCCUUGCCAACCUAAACAUGCCAAUCGGAGAGCGGAGCGGAGAGCCACUCCGAGGAUGGGCCAUCCUAUUUUUUCCUUUUUCACCCCUUUAUACGUUCUCUUCCUCCCACCAGCUUUGAGCGCUUUCAUAUUUUUUUGGGCUGAAAACGUGCACCAGCCCCCGGGCCGCUUCGGGAUCCAUCGCUCUGCAUGAGAGAGAGGCAUGGCAGGAAAAGCGACCCUACACCUUGGCCUGAAGAGAGGUGCAGGGUUAAAGGGCAGAGGAGGUCAGACUCGGACUAUGGACCGCAGUGUCCAUGAGACGUUGGUUGGUUUGGGAACGUGGAGGAAGUCUGGGCCGUGUCAAGCGGUCCUCAGUCGUGGGUUUACCGUGGUGUGGUAUUGUGGCGUGUCAUUACGAACAAAGGAAAGAUCAAAGUGAAGAAAUGCUUUUCUCUUGUAUGGGACAGUAUCAUGCAGGAGCCAUCUUUUUAGAAAGAACUUCAACUUUAUCGCUCUGUUUUGUCAGUUUGUCGUAUGCAACAAAAGCUUUUUUUUUCUCCCCCCGCACCGCCGCCACACUCGAUGUAGCUCUACAGAUUCAGUCCGUAGCAUUAGAGUCACACCACGCAUGUUUGGUGUUCACUCGAUCUGCACACAGAGCGUGAUUCCUACAUCACGCUCCCGGCUGAGGUAGAGACAGGAGGCUGUCGCCGCUCUCAACAUGUACAGCACGUCCUCUUGAUGAUGUCAAUGUUUUAUAACCUGUUGCUUUUAAUAGAACUGUGCUCAGAGUAGUGUCUAUGUGUUGUACUUUUUGAGUGUUUUCCAAACUGUAAGGUACACUUAUUGUAGGGGAUUGCCACUCAAAUCGAAAAAAAUACACCUAUUUUCUAAGUUUUGAUCGACCUUUAGCUUCUGUUUUAUACCCAAAUUGGGUUUUUGUUUCCCACUUCUGUUGCCAUCUCUCCUUUUCAUUCUCUUUGACAUUGGAGUCAUCUUUGUUAGAGGGGGAGAGGCGGUGUUUCAGGACAGAUUUUUUAUUAUCUGCGAUCCUGAGACAUCCCAAUUUGAGUGGCGCUCCCCUUUAAGUUCAGCAGUAAUGUAAAGUCUGUCAGAAGACUUUGUAUCCACAUGUUGUGGAACCAUUUUAUUACUAUGGUAAAAGCGAUGUCACUCCCGUAAUUUUUUCAGUCUCCAGGUGGUGGUGUAGCCAAAUAGAAAUGAAUAGCCUUAAAAUUGAGAAUAGCCAAAAUCAGGCAUUUCCCCCCGUGCAUUAAAAAGAGUUAAAAGUUGAAUCCAAAUAAUCCCAGGGAAAGCAUGUUCAACAGCAUCAGUCAAUGAAGCCCUUUAUAUAUUCAGAUGAUUCUAUGAUGUCAUCCAUAUGCCACACUGUUAAUAGCCAUAAUGUGGGGAAGAAAAAGAAACUGUCCUAAACUGAUGUUUUGUGCGACCUGGGGCCUGUAUUAACUGAGCCUUCUCAGAGCAGGAGAGCCGAUCGACAUCCAACCCGACCGUCACAAACCACCUGAAGCUCAAAGUUGGAUCAGACCCCCCCCCCCUUCUUCUGAGACCUAACAAAUACCCGCUAGUUCCAAAUUGCAAACUUGCAUACGUUAGUGGUCUGAGUGUCGGUGUUCUGUUUUGUUGGCGGGUCAGACCUCCAACGACAAGCAGCUAUUCCUCGCAGGGACGUCAGAAAAAAAAAAAGCUUAUAGUACAAAUAUAAAAAGAAUGUCACAAUUUUUUGGGGCACAUAAUUACGAAGCUGCUCUCUAUUAUAUCACUUUAUCUAUGCAAGUUUGUACAUUACCGUUCUUAAAAGGCUAUCGAUUGGUCAUAAUCAGUUGUGUGUCUUGGUUAGGUUCAUAUAGUGGAAGUUGCUGAAUGUCAGCAUACAUGAGCAUAUCAUGGUCUGGUAACACUUUAGAUCAGCGAACACAUGGUGCCUAAUAGCAUGUAUAUAAGUAGCACAUUGGCUCUUCAUUAGCCACUAUAGAGCGCUUAUUAUUGCCUCAUUCUGCAUGACCAGAUUCUUAAACUAUGACUACUAGUAGACACUGACACUUAUUAAUCUACACAGCUUCUACUUUCACUUUAACAUGGGGAAAAUAGAGUUAGGAAGAAUAUAAGUAAAAGCAGUGCUGACCAAUGUGAGCACCAGGGACCAAAGUUGAGGGUAAAUUUGUUAAAAAAAAAAGUAUUUUAUUUUUUAUUUUCACAUAAGAUCAUAAUAAUUUCUUUUUACAGUAAUGAAAGGAAAUUGUACAAUUAAGGAAACUCUGGAUUAUGUAUGCCUACCUUUUUACAUCUUUUAAAGGGUAGCUCCACCAAUUUUACGCAAAGUGUUUUCACAGGUCUUGAGGAGUACUACUGUAUGUGAAAGUAAAUGGUGGAAAGCUUGUUGUGGCUCCAGAGACUCGCUCAGUGACUAUGUUGCAUUGUGGGUAAUGUAGGCACUAGAUUUUUAAAGGAGGAAACGUGCGUGUAAUAAAAAGGGGCGAUUUCUCUGGUUCUGCUGAAUUGAUUUUGAUCACUUGUCAUUCCCCUGGUGCUAACAUUACCCAGAAUGCAAAUCAGCUACUAAGUGACAUGUAUGGUUGUUCUGCUCAAGACCUCUAAACACUUAAAUGUGUGAAAUUGGAGGACUUACCCUUUAGCAAUGCAGUGGGUCAUUUAUCUAUUUGGACAGUAUUAUUACUUAGUUUAAUUAACAGUUUUGUUUUGUUACAUAAGAAUAGACAAUAACUUAAGUUUUAUUAAUUAACUGUUCGUGUGGUUUGAUCACCUUAUAAUUCAUGACAUGUACAACUGCUUCUUUAAUGGCUAUCAAUAAGCAGUGAUAGAGUCAGUUAACUACUAUUUGCAGUAUACAGUCAUGGAGAAUAAGGCAUUAAUAACUGUUUUAUAAUCACAAAUAAAGAGCAAAUAAACCACGAAUGUGCAUGCUAAUAAGCAAUGAGUUAAAAGUUGAUGGGUGUCCUUAUCUGCGGUGUUACCUAUGGUUUUUAUUUAAUCAGGGAAUCAUUCAGAAACUAGACAUUUCCUUCUCUGUUACGUCUUCUAGUUAUAAAGCUUUAAAGUUUAAACUGUAUUUCACCAUUUUUCUUCAUUUUUGUAGGGAAUGUCACUUUUUUCGUUUUUUGACAACCCUAGUUAAGUUGGUAAAGGAAAAAUGUGAAACCAUUUCAUUAUAAACAAAUAGUUCCAGUAUGUUUGUCUGUCACAUCCAUUCGUAGCCAUUCUAAUGUUUUAAAGAAACUCAUUUAUUACUGCUUACCUUCCUUCCCUUCUGGUGAAAGUUCCAGUGUCCAUGUAGCAUUUCAUGACAGGUGUUGCUACAGCUACCAAAAAAAAAAAAAGGUGAUCAACAGUUAACAACAGUAGCUAACUGAAGCUAAACAGUAGCUGAUCAUUUGCAACUCACUCCUCUGCUCAGAAAUUUAGCUCCGAUAUUCAGUACGAUGAACCUUAUUAUUAGUAGCCUUACAUUUAGAGUUCCUAACCUGUAGCCUGUGUUGCUUUCACUGACUUCAUCUACUGUAUGAGCAUGGUGAUUUCAUAUCAAAGCCAGUCCAUUUUCUAUAUUUAAGGUUUUUGGUGCUUUCCUCCCCCCCAAAAAAUGGUUAAAUUCCAUAAGCUUUUGUUGUUUUUAUGACAAUCGUGCCAAGCAGAUUUUUUUCCUGGAAGGGAUGAGGAAACAGAGCUGUCUACUGUAUGUGACCAUGUAUUUGUAACGUAUUAACAGUUUUUACAGGGUGGGGAAAAAAAAAAAAGAUUUGAUUGCUUCUUUAUGUAAACGCUGCACUGUAUAUGAGUUUCAUUGUUUUUACUUCUUGAUAUGAUCCGUGAUGUGUGUGUGGUAUGGUGCCUGCUGUGUUCAAUGGAGGAAUUCAGUGUCAACUCGAUUAGAAAAAUGUCAACGCAUAACUGUACGAGAGAUCGAAACUUUAAGCGGGUUUCGGAAGUUAACGCAUCAGGGCUCUGAUAACUUAUUUCAAAUAGUGCAAAAUACUCAUUUAAACACAAGACAUCGGUUAUCAAAGUCUUGAGCUUGUCAAAAUCAGACUUAAGUUGGACAAAUUCACGGCCAUUUCCAUUUUUUUCUUUCCUUUCUUUUUUCUAAACUUACGUUGGCUGGCACCACUGAACAGGAAGAUACUGUAUUAUGCAACAAACAUUCAAAAGGGCCAAACAGCAGACAUUACAAUCACUGCAGUGACACAUUGCAUAUAUAUAAUAUAGCCACUCCAGCAGAUGAAACAUCAGCACAGGCGUCGGGGGGCAGGACGGUUUCGAAAGGGCUUGCUUCUGAGAUUUGGCCCUCCAAAUGUGGAAGCAAGAAAAAGUUUCUUUUACAAAAAAAAAAAAAAAGGCUCAAGAUCUACUUUGCAACUAUUCUACGAUCAAGUUUGGUUACAAGCAGCGAUUUAUAUUUUAUAACCUGUUGUGUCAAGAGAUGAAGCUGCAUGAUUUUUCUCUGACUUCUACAUGUUAAAUAUUACAAUAUUGUAGCCUCUAAAAGAUCUUUGGAAUGGUAGCGUCGUCACUCUAUCACCCAGCUGUCUCGUUUUUAUUUUUUUCGAGGGUUUUUUUUUCUUUUUUUUCAAGAAAAUGUUUUGAUGUUCAUUCAGCCAUAUGAUAUCCAGCGUUGUCGAGCCAUCCUCAAGUUCAGCAGGUCGGCUGUGUGUGUCUGUUACUACUUUUGUUGACUUUUUUUUUUAAUAUAUAUAUGAACGCCUGUGUUACAUCAUAGUCUGUAUUUGCAUUAUAUGUUUUAAGAGCGGGAUUCUUCAGGCCUGAUCGGUCAGUUAAAAAUUCACCUCAGUAAGUGGAUUAUUGGCAGAGGAAAUGUUGACCUCUGUAUGUAGGGACAGUUGAUACUGUCUCCAGUUUAGGCAGUUGUUGAAAGUUAAUUGACCUGGGUGAUACAAAGAUAUAAGCAUUGUAAAAUGGCAUAUUCAAAUCAGUUCUGUACAACUUAAACUCGGCAUCUCAGUAUAUCUACAGUUCCACUAACACUGUGACACCAGGUAUUAAAGGUUGUUGUUUUUUGUGA